UUACGCUUAUUUGUUUACAUUGUUGUAGUGUUUCGUGCAAAGCUUGGUACACACUGUGGUUAAAAACCCGUUGUGAACAUGACGCACAUUUGACUUGCAGGAGACACUGCGGCGUUGCGGGCACAUCGAUUCUCAUCUCACAGUUCAAACUAAAUGCAUUCGAAUUUGACUCAGACCAAGUUCUUCUCCACUCAUUUGAAUGUUUAUUUCGGUAGACAAAAAAAAAAUGUUUUGAGAACAAUUCAGACCACACCUUCCUCAUUUUGGUUUUGUUUAAAACUCCACUUUUAAAAUGACUCACAACGUGAGAAAUCUCAAAACAGCAACCUUUUAAAAAAUAUAUAUAUAUUAUAAACAUAAAAAAAAAAAAAAAAAACCCAUAAAAAAAAAAACAGGUCAAUAGAAUGAAUCCUUGAACACAACCUGCCCUGUGUGAACAAUUCACACCGCAGCUGGUGGUGCACUGCUGUGGGAAAUGUUUUUUGGGGGCACACUGACCAAUCGCCAUACAUCUGUGUGUAUGAGGCUGUAUGCAACCUUUUCAGGAGCUCAAUUGACCUGCAUUAAACUUCCAGCAUUAUUAUGGUGUAAUCGCAGACCAAUAGAGUCCAAUAGAGCUCAUUUGGUGACACCUAUUCUUAAAAAUAAAAAAAUAAAAAAAUAAAAAAAUAAGAAGAAGAAAAUCCUACCCAAUAUUAGCCCAGUUUCUUAUAAAGUGGUCGAUAAGUGUGUUUAUAAUAUUAUCAAAUCUACAUUUGUGUUUGCGCAAUGUGCUCAAAUAGGUGGUGUAUUAAAAUAUAAACAGAUAGAAAACCACCAAUUUGACCACAGGCUACGAUACACAUCGUUAAAAAUGGUGCCUGUAGUACACGUUCCUAUACUCGUAGUCUAUCUAUGAGCUUUUAUUUGCUUCACACGUGGAUUGGUUUUUCAUGAAUAUGUUUGUAACCUAUGUACAAAAGUACAAAUUGUUCUACUCAAAGGGUAGAGGGUAGUCGAUACCACAGACUGAGAUUGGAUCAAAACCACACACACACACACACACACACACACACAGACUCACUCACACAUGAGAAUCAAACGUGUUUGCACGACAGGAAGUGGCAGUGGUUAGAGGGGACAAGUUGAAUCACACGCACACAAAAGAAGCGACUGUUCGUUUCUCACCGCUUGUGCACAGUGCAGUACUUAAGUUUCCCAGCGAUAUGAGAAAAAGUACAGAACGAGAUACUAACGGCUCAGUUGAGACCAAAUGUCACACGCUCUCCGUUUCCAAGCAGCACAAUCUAAACAGACUACAAGAGAAAGCGAUUCAGCAAGGAAGGUAGGCGGGGUUGACUGGACAACAUCAAAGGGAGUGAGCGGGGCGUGUUUAUCUAUUAUGUUACGAUCGCUCCGCCCACUUCCCCCCAACUAAUGACGUAAGAAACCAUUCAUCAACCUGCUGUCCAGCUGCUCAGGAGAGUCUGGCUGAUAGAGUAAAGUGCUAUCUUUCCUCAGCUUUCUAUUCAUGAGCACCGCAUGAAUAGAAAGCUAUUCAUGAGGACCCUGAUGCCCACUAUUCCAGUACCAUUUCAAGGAUUUCUUACUCACCUGCAUAAACUGGCAAAUUGAGUAUUUACACACAUCUGAAGGAUUGAGGGCAUCAAAGAUAUCAAAAAAAGUGUCAUCAGCCAGGAGUGUCAACUGGGUGCAUGAGACAACCAUCUGCUGCGACUAGCCAGAGUCCGCCAAAGCACCCUGUAACGCUAAGACUUGGCGAAGAGAGUGUCACAUCCCACCUUUACUGCAGCUCAGCCAAAGGAAUUGAAGCACGUUUGUCCACUUUGGUGGAGGCCUUCUUGGUCGAAGUCUUCCGCUGCCGAGUAUGCCAAUUCACCAGCGGUCUGAAGGCUAGGAUCUGCAGUCACAUCACCGAGAGCCAUUCGUCAACAUCGUCAUCACCGUGCCGUCACCUCUCCUGCCUGGAGAAAGAUGAUGUGGAAAGCUUGACUGCUUCUCCUUAUGAGCUCCAUUCUGGCUCCAAAAAUGGUGAGGACCACAUGGACAUGGAGCGCAUGUUUCUGCUCCCAAUGUAUGGCAUGCUGCAGAACAACAGCCCUCCGCCAUGUGAUAUCAGCUUGGGCGCCAACUCCGACACCAACCUUCAUGUCGCUCAGACGUGCGAGGUGAGCACUUUGUUUGAUGAAGACAGACACAGUGAAGGAGACGUCUUCCAGCUUGAGGAUUCCAGCCAUGGACUCCGAGGGCCCCUUUCCAACGAAAUGACCUGUGCCGAGGACGAAGAAAUGGCUCAGUCGGCUCAUUUAAUGACCCUUGGCUUGUGCAGGAUCUCUAGUGCCAAAUGUCCCUCUCAGCCUUCCGUGCUGUCCGUGCCACCGGGUGCACAGGACACCCCUGAGACUUCCCUGGAAGACAAGCAACCUCUUCUGACCCCAUCUGAAAUGCAAAAGCAGGCUGAAGAGGAAAUAGGGCUUUCCUGUGUCUUCUGUCAGGCAGUCUUGGCAAACCAUAGCCUGCUGGAGGUGCACCUCAAGUGCCAUGAUGGUGAGCAUGGCUUUAAAUGCCCACGCUGUGGCCGAACGGCGGCAGACUGGGCCGAUAUGGAGUGCCACUGGAGGAGCCAUGGACGAAAAAAGAAGUCGAAACAGCACAAGUGUUCUUUUUGUCCCAGGACGUUCAAAAGAGCGGACUUAUGUGAAGCUCACCAGAAGAGGCAUAAUCUAGCUCGGGUUAAGCCCUCGUCUCUCACACAGUGCUCCCUGUGCUUCGAGUGGUGUCGCCCGGGGCAGGAGUGGGAGAUGCACCAGCGCUGCCACUUUCAGGGACAGUUUAAGUGCUUGUACUGCGAUUUCACAGAAAAAGCUUGGAAGAAGAUGUCGAAGCACAUCCUCAACCAACACACCCAGGUUGAUAGAGAUUCCCACCGCAAGCGUUCCUACCACACAUCCUCCCUAAAGUUUGAUGCUCAGUUGACGAACAGCUACACCAAAUGCCUUGAAGAUGGGCAGGCGGAGACGUGGAGACAUGUGGGAAAGAUGAGCGUGAAACACCAGGUUGUGAGAAAGAAGAAAAAGGACAAAAAGGACUGUGUAUCAGCCACUGAGAAAGAGACGAGCGUGGGAUUAAAAGCCCCUAAACGGAAAGACUUCUGUUGCACGCUCUGUGAUAAAAAGUUUUCCACCAGGCUGACCAUGCGGCGUCACAUGGAUAUUCACCUGGGAGAGAAGCCUUAUAAAUGCCCUCGCUGCCACUACAGCACCAGACUGAAAGCCUCACUCAUCCAGCACAUGCGUGUCCACACAGGUGAAAAGCCUUACAAGUGUUCGCAGUGUUCGUAUGCCUCCAUCGACAGGAGCUCUCUUAGACGACACUCACGGACACACACUCAGGAGAAGCCCUACCGAUGCCAAUACUGUCCUUACAGCUGCAUCCAAAAGAAAAGCUUGGACCUCCACUCACGGCGGCAUCACACUGGAGAGUCGUUCCCCUGCCCGCUGUGCCAGUACUCAACCCCCGACCGGCAACUGUUGCUACGACACACACGCAAACACCACACCCCUGAGAACUCUUCUCUUCUCGGGACUUCCAAACGAUCUCGAACGUUCAAAUAACAAAGACUAAGGCUGCAGUGAUUAGUCUGAGUAAUCAAUAAUGUCAAGGAUCAAAUGCCUUAAUUUACAUCACCACUGCCAGAGAUUCUAGACAUGUCUGUGUCUGAGGGUGGAAUGUAAUACAGGGAGAAGCCACUGGGGGCAGCAGGAGCGAUGCUACAAUCACUGUACCACACAGAUUUGAGGUUUUAUUGAAGAACACACACAAAAAAACCUCCACAAAACUAAUAAGAAACUGAAGAGAGCCAUGAGAGUGAAUGUGUAAAAAGUUUAACAUUAUUUAAUUGCGUUUUACUCAUGUGAAUGGAUUGAUACUUUUUCUUGCAGGUACAAAUUUCAAUAAUGACAGCAAAUCCUUAAAAUCCUUUUAAUGAAAAUAAAUAAAUAAAGGUGUUUUAUUGAAAUAAACAAAACAUUGGUUCUUGUUUAUGAGCCACAUUU